AUGUGCCAGUGCGUCUAUGACAAGCCACCAAAAACCAAGUCCAGCAAAUCCACCAUGACCCGCCACGGCUUCAGCACCAGCUCUGCCAGAGUCCCUGGGACCUGCCGCUCAGGCUUCAGCAGCAUCUCCGUGUCCCGCUCCAGGGGCAGUGGUGGUCUCAGUGGGGCCUGUGGAGGGGCUGGCUUUGGCAGCAGGAGCCUCUAUGGCCUGGGGGGCCCCCAGAGGAUCUCCGUUGGAGGGAGCAGCUGUACCACGAGGAGUGGAUAUGGCGGCAGACUGGGAGGCGGCUUUGGCUUCGGAGGAGCAGCCGGGAGUGGAUUUGGUUUUGGCAGUGGAGCUGGUGGUGGCUUUGGGCUUGGUGGUGGAGCUGGAUUGGGUGGUGGCUACGGGGGCUCUGGCUUCCCUGUCUGCCCUCCCGGAGGCAUCCAAGAGGUGACGAUCAACCAGAGCCUGCUCACACCUCUGAACCUGCAAAUCGACCCCACCAUCCAGCGCGUGAAGACUGAGGAGCGCGAGCAGAUCAAGACCCUCAACAACAAGUUUGCUUCCUUCAUCGACAAGGUGCGGUUCCUGGAACAGCAGAACAAGGUCCUGGACACCAAGUGGACCCUGCUCCAGGAGCAGGGCACCAAGACCGUGAGGCACAACCUGGAGCCCUUGUUUGAGCAGUACAUCAACAACCUGAGGACGCAGCUGGACAGUAUCCUGGGGGAGAGAGGCCGCCUGGACUCUGAGCUCAGAGGCAUGCAGGACCUGGUGGAGGACUUCAAGAACAAAUAUGAAGAUGAAAUCAACAAGCGCACUGCAGCAGAGAAUGAAUUUGUGACCCUGAAGAAGGACGUGGAUGCUGCCUACAUGAACAAGGUUGAACUGCAAGCCAAGGUCGAUGGUCUAACAGAUGAGAUCAACUUCCUCAGAGCCUUCUAUGACGCAGAACUGUCUCAGAUGCAGACCCACAUCUCAGACACAUCCGUGGUCCUGUCCAUGGACAACAACCGCAGCCUGGACCUGGACAGCAUCAUCGCCGAGGUCAAAGCUCAGUAUGAGGACAUUGCCCAGAGGAGCCGGGCUGAGGCUGAGGCCUGGUACCAGACCAAGUACGAGGAGCUGCAGGUCACGGCGGGCAGGCAUGGUGACGACCUUCGCAACACCAAGCAGGAGAUCUCUGAGAUGAACCGGAUGAUCCAGCGGCUGAGAGCUGAGAUCGACAGCGUCAAGAAGCAGUGUGCCAACCUGCAGACAGCCAUCGCCGAUGCGGAGCAGCGUGGGGAGCUGGCCCUCAAGGAUGCCCGAGCCAAGCUGGUGGAGCUGGAGGACGCCCUGCAGAAGGCCAAGCAGGACAUGGCCCGGCUGCUGCGGGAGUACCAGGAGCUGAUGAACGUCAAGCUGGCCCUGGACGUGGAGAUUGCCACCUACAGGAAGCUGCUGGAGGGCGAGGAGUGCAGGUUGAGUGGAGAAGGCGUUUCUCCCGUUAACAUAUCUGUGGUCACCAACACUGUUUCCAGUGGCUACGGCAGUGGUGGCGGCCUUGGAGGUGGGAACCUGGGUCUUGGUGGCAGCAGCGGCUACUCUUUCACCACCAGCGGCGGGCACAGCCUGGGCUCAGGGCUCGGGGGCCCUGGCCUCAGUGCCUGCAGCGGCCGGGCCCUAGGGGGCCUCGGCUCCAGUGUCAAGUUUGUCUCCACCACAUCCUCCAGCCGGAAGAGCUACAAACACUGA